AAGGGACUUCCUGUCAGUGCCCCUGUCUAAAGAUGGCGGACACUUGCGGCCAAGUGUUGUUGGGAUCAGGGCUCACCGUCCUCUCUCAUCCUCUUAUGUACAUUAAAGUUCUCAUCCAGGUUGGACAUGAGCCUCUGCCUCCCACCCUGGGUCGAAACCUGUUUGGCAGACAGGUUCAGCAGCUUCCCGGACUCUUUUCUUAUGCAAAACAUAUCGUAAAGAUCGACGGGAAAGUCGGUCUCUUCAAAGGACUUGUUCCAAGGCUCUGUGCCAGCACCAUUGGCACAUUUGUGCACAGCAAAGUUGUGGAGAAAUAUCAGGACCAGGAUAAAUCUCAGGGUGUUGGUGAAAAACAUGUGUCUGCGGAGGACUCCAUGGAGCUUGUUGUUAAAGAGACGACCAAGGAGAUGAUCGCCCGAUCAUGUGCUACGGUCAUCACACAUCCAUUCCACGUCAUCACUUUGCGAUGUAUGGUUCAGUUUAUUGGAAGGGAGACAAAAUAUAGUGGUGUGUUUGAUUCCAUCGUCACAAUCUACAGAGAAGAAGGCAUCUUGGGAUUCUUUGCGGGUUUGAUCCCUCGUCUACUGGGAGAUGUCCUUUCUCUGUGGAUUUGUAACAUGCUGGCUCAUCUAAUCAACACCUACGCCAUCGACGACUCGAUGAAUCACAAAGGAGAAAUAAAGAACUGCUCUCAAGCUGGGACUGGGUUCCUUGCGAGUAUGCUUACGUACCCAUUUGUCCUGGUGUCCAACCUCAUGGCCAUCAAUAACUGCGGACUCGCUGGAGGCCUGCCUCCCUAUGCAUCCAUUUAUCCCAGCUGGGUGGACUGCUGGAGGCACCUGAGCCGAGAGGGCAACAUGAGCAGAGGCAAUAGCUUAUUUUUCCGGAAACUUCCAGCAGGCAAGAUGUAUGCAAUUGAACAGAAGAGGUUUUUUUAAAGCUCAACAAAGUUGAGCUGAUAACGGAGGAGGUUCAUGCCUGAGCUUUGGGUUGGACAGCUGGUUCUUCAUCUCUUUUCUUUUGGUAUGCUCUCAUUUUACGCUGAAACAUAAACUGAUACACUAACGCUGUAGAGGGGGCAGACGUCUGGGUUUUUACAGAUCACAGGGACCCCCUCCCCCUCUAGCCCUGCUCUUAUAGACAUGGUGAUGUGACUUUGUCGUCAUGAUUGAGUGUUGGAACCAUCUACUGUCUGUUUCUGGACAUGUGUAUCAUUACAAAAGUUCUUCUGUUAGAUGAUUUUCUUGUUGAUUGUUUGGCUGGUUGUUGACGGUCUAGCUCUCUGUUGGGAGUUUCUGUGAUGAAGGGGCGUUUUUGAUGAAGAUGAAUAUGUGAAUAUGCAGGGCUCGGUGGGGACAUGUAUUGCCAUUCUGACUCGAAUAAAACUAAAUUUUUAUGGUU